AUGGCUAGUGAAGGCUUCCCGGUGCAGAGCACUGCCCUGGCUUCUGGUGCCAGUGCCAUGUCUGGGGUCACCGACCACUUGCAGACAGUUCCCGGUGUCCUGAACACCACCCAGACGGAUAGCGAGGCUAUAUCUUUUGAGAAGUCGAGAGCUGCGGCCGGUGGUGAACGCCCGGAGGCUCCCAAGCCCACCGAGGAAACCAAGCCUCCCGUGCCGCCUGCCACAGAACAGCCUCUCGGCGGCGCCGUUGCAGCUUCGGAGCCGCAGCCACCAGCCACGACCCAUAAGGAAGAAUCCAACGAUGUCAUCGCGGAGCCACAAACUGGCGAGAAGCGCACCUUCGAGUCUCCCGUGAUUUCGGAUUCGGCCCCCGCGCCGGCUGCCCCUGCCCCUGCGUCGAUUCCUGAGCCCAUUUCGGCUGUCGCACCUCGGCCUGAGCCUGUUCCUGCUCCAGUCCCGGCUCCGGCUCCUAAAUCUGAGGAAAGGGAAAAGCCACUUCCAGAACGAUCAGACGAGCCCGAGGCGAAAAAACAAAAGAUUGCCCAGGAGACUUCCAAUGAUGUCAAGGGCCCUACAGUUUCCUCUGCCUCCACCGAUAAUGCGGACCAGAUCCAGAAGAAGCCUGCGCGCCCCAAGAAAGAGAAAGUGAAAGAUGCUGUCAAGAAGGCCAUUCCCACUGAUGGAAUUGGUAGCCGAACUCGCAGUCGGACCAAAGCUACUUAA